GGCUGCCCGGGGGCACAGUGGGGGUCACAUCCCCUCUGCUCCCAUGGAAGGAGAGGCAAUGGUGGGGCCGGGCUCUUCCCUGCCCUGUGGAACCCUGCUGUGCUGAGAUGCACCUCCCGGAGAAGGAUGGGGCUGAACCGGGUUUCAGGAGUGGUGGUGCUGCCCACGACAGAGUGCCCUCAGGAAUCCUGUCCCAGACUAUGAACUACGUGGGGCAGCUGGCAGGCCAGGUGCUGGUGACGGUGAAGGAGCUGUACAAGGGCAUUAACCAGGCCACGCUGUCGGGAUGCAUCGACGUGGUGGUGGUGCGGCAGCAGGACGGCUCCUUCCAGUGCUCCCCGUUCCACGUGCGCUUCGGCAAGCUGGGCGUGCUGCGCUCCAGGGAGAAGGUGAUCGACAUCGAAAUCAAUGGGGAUGCUGUUGACCUCCACAUGAAGCUGGGGGACAAUGGAGAAGCUUUCUUUGUGCAAGAGACUGAGGAGGAAAAUGAGAAAGUUCCUGCUUAUUUAGCAACCUCUCCAAUCCCCACUGAGGACCAGUUCUUCAAGGACACUGCCAGUCACCUGAAAGCAGGGGACAAUGAGAGGCCCUGUGCAAACUCAGAGCUGUCACACCCUGUGGAGACAGAGGCUGCCUUCACCCCAGGCUCUGUCAAAAAGAAAAAGAGGAGGAGGAAGAAAUACAAAGCAGACAGCAGGAAGGAAGAUCAGAUCUCUUCUCCUGGCACAGAAGAGAUCUUUGAGAUGGAGAUCAGCUCAGAUGAUGAGAAAAGUGUCCAGCCCCUAAGAGGCUCCUCAAAUUCAUCUCCAAAGGCUGAAGAGCAGAAGGAGUCGUUGGUUUAUCACUCAAAGGAUCAUUACCCCCUAUCUGAUGGAGACUGGUCCCCUCUGGAGAACCCUUUCUCGGAGACUGCCUGCCCCAAAAGUGACUCGGAGCUGGAGGUGAAGCCUGCUGAGAGCCUGCUCCGCUCGGAAUCCCACAUGGAAUGGACCUGGGGAGGCUUCCCAGAGUCAACCAAGAUAAGCAAGAAAGAGAAACUGGAACUUCCCCGAACAGCCACCAUCACUCCAUCAGAGAAGACUCACUUCAGGGUGAUCCUCAGCUCUGAUGAGGUGGAAGAUGAUGAUGAUGUGAAGGAAUCUGUCUGCACAGUGCUGAAACCUGAGCCAAGAUCCCAUCCUCUGCUCCAGCAGCUGGAGGUGAAGGACCCUCUUGCUUCUGCCAUCACAGAGUCCCAGGUUCCGUUGCCCCUGGAUACGGAGCAGCAUUCCAGACUCCUGGAGGAGCCUUUGCCAGAGGCCAAGCCAACAGCAAAGACUGACUCUCCUUCCAAAAAGAAAGGGAUGCACAAGCGAAGCCACCACCAAGGACCUGAUGGUAUCUACCUGGAAGACCUGAAGGCCCUGGAGCCUGAGGUUGCAGCCCUCUACUUUCCCAAAAGCGAGCCGGAGCCGGAGCCGCUGUCGGGCUGGCAGUCUCCGCAGUCGGUGGGCAGCGCGGCCGCGGACAGUGGCACUGAGUGCCUGUCGGACUCGGCCAUGGACCUGCCCGACGUCACCCUGUCCCUGUGCGGCGGCUUCAGCGAGCAGGGGCAGAUCUCACACGAGAAGUUCCUGGAGCACAUCAUCACUUACCAGGAGUUUGCUGAGAACCCUGGGCUCAUAGACAACCCCAACCUGGUGAUAAAGAUUUACAACAGGUAUUACAACUGGGCCCUGGCUGGUCCCAUGAUCCUCAGCCUGCAGGUCUUCCAGAAGAGUCUGCCCAAGGCCACUAUUGAGUCCUGGGUGAAAGAGAAGAUGCCAAAGAAGUCUGGAGGGUGGUGGUUCUGGCGCAAGAGAGAGAGCAUGACCAAGCAGAUACCAGAGGCAAAAGAGGGGAAAAGUGAGACCCAGAGAGCAAACGAGCUGCCAGCAACUAUCAAAGAGCAAGUCACUAGCAGGCCUCCAGAAGAUGACUCUUCCAGUGAUGAAGCCUCCCAGGAGGUGAAGGAAUCCCUGAAGCUUGAUUCUGCCCCAGCAGAGCACUCCCUCCAUGGGAACCUUCCGUCCUACAAGAAGUCCCUUAGGCUGUCUUCAGAGCAAAUAGCAAAGCUGAAGCUCAGAGAUGGCCCCAACGACGUCGUCUUCAGCAUCACCACCCAGUACCAGGGCACCUGCCGCUGCGCUGGGACCAUCUACCUCUGGAACUGGGAUGACAAGGUCAUCAUCUCAGACAUUGAUGGCACCAUCACCAAGUCUGACGCUCUGGGACACAUCCUCCCUCAGCUGGGCAAGGACUGGACUCACCAGGGCAUUGCCAAACUCUACCAUUCCAUCAACGAGAAUGGGUACAAGUUCCUGUACUGCUCGGCGCGUGCCAUCGGCAUGGCAGACAUGACCAGAGGCUACCUGCACUGGGUCAAUGACAAAGGCACCAUCCUGCCCAGGGGCCCCCUCAUGCUGUCCCCCAGCAGCCUCUUCUCUGCCUUGCACAGGGAAGUCAUAGAGAAGAAGCCUGAGAAGUUCAAGAUUGAGUGUCUGAACGACAUCAGGAACCUCUUUGCCCCCAGCAAGCAGCCUUUCUAUGCUGCCUUUGGCAACAGGCCCAACGAUGUCUACGCCUACAUGCAGGUGGGGGUCCCAGACUGCAGGAUCUUCACUGUGAACCCCAAGGGGGAGCUGAUCCAGGAGCGCACCAAGGGCAACAAGUCCUCGUACCACAGGCUGAGCGAGCUGGUGGAGCACCUCUUCCCCCUGCUGAGCAAGGAGCAGAGCUCUGCCUUCCCCUGCCCCGAGUUCAGCUCCUUCUGCUACUGGAGAGAGCCUCUCCCUGCCCUCAACUUGGAUGACCUGGCCUGAAGCCACUCCUGGGCCGCAGCUGCUGGAGCUGCAGCGUGCAGAGUGUUGUCAGCACAGCAGCUGCCUUGUCUUCUGGGAGUCCUGCUGGGGCCAGCCCUCAGCCCCUGUGCUGCUGAGCCACCUCUGGGGGCCAUGGGCCUGGCUGCUUUGUUGUCUCCACGUCCCCGCUGCGAGGCACUCAAGCUGGGGCUGGCACCCCGGGGCUUGGAGGGGUGACCUCUGCAUGGCCCCCAGCACAGCCCUGCCUGCAGACACAGCCUGGGGCCGUGCCCCCCACAGCAGAACCUGAGCCAAAUGUGCCUGGAAGCUGCCUUGCUGAGGGCACUUCUGGGACUGGAGGAGCCACACCAGGGGCACCUUGUGGAAGGGAGCCACAACCCACGGCCAGUCUGCCCCUGGUCGGCUCGGCCCUGGUCAGGGCUGCAGCCUGGAGGACUCUGGAGACACCCAGGCCCUGCCCAGCUGGAAAGAGGACCUCUGGCACGGGCACAGGGCUGUGCUGGGCACCCCAGGUGCCAGGAACACCACUGGGUGUGCCCUUUCAGCCUGCUCCUCAGCUUGUCUGGGGAAGGGUCUGCAGGGCCCUGUGCAGCACUGCUUGGGCCCAGCUGACACGGGAAGAGCUGCUGCUGCUGCUUCCCUUUCUUCCCCCUCUUUUUUUUCCCUUUUUUUUCCUUUUUUCCCUUUCCCCCCUCUUUCUAUCCUUUUCCCCCUCUUCUUUUCCCCUGUUUCUCUUUCCAACACUUCCCUCCCUUUUCCUUUCACCUCUUAGCCCCCUCUUCCCCCUGAGUCCCCUGGCGAGGCUGCCAGGGGCUGGGGUUGUUUCAGUGCCCAUAACCAGUGAGCUGUGGAGCCCAGCCUGGCCCUGAGCUGCCUUCUCAGGGCCCCUGCUGGCCGGAGUGAAGCUGUGCUGAGCCCCAAGGGGAGGCUGGGGCCAGGCUGCAGCAUCCCUCGCUUGCAGGGGAAUGGUCAGAGGUUGGAUGGUGCCCAGGAGGGUGGCAGAGCUCUCCUCACCCCUUGCUUUGGCUUCUUUCUGUCGAGGCCGUGGGCUGCUGGCUGCUGGAGCAGCCCAGUCCCCGGGUGGGGCUCAGAGCUGUGAGCACAGCAGAGGUUGGGCCACCCCAGGUGGGUGCCCAGCCAGGGUCAGUGCAAUGAUGUUCCUGAUGUCCAGAACAGCCUUGUCACAAU